AUGGCUGAGUAUGAAGCUUGUAUCCUUGGUUUGAAGAUGGCCAUCGACAUGAAUGUUCAUGAGCUUUUGGUUAUUGGAGAUUCAGAUUUAUUGAUUCAUCAGGUUCAAGGAGAAUGGGCCGUGAAGAACCCAAAGAUCACACCAUACGUGCAGUAUAUACAGAAUUUGUGUAAAAGAUUCCGCAAAAUUGAGUUCAGACACACUCCCAGAACACAAAACGAGUUAGCCGAUGCUCUUGCCACCAUCGCCUCAAUGAUUAAACAUCUAGAUACAAGUUAUAUCGAUCCAGUGGAUAUAGAGGUAAAAGAGCAGCCUGUCCAUUGUUCGCAUGUUGAACCGGAACCAUAUGGUUUGCCCUGCUGCAAAGCUUCUGGAACAGAUACAUGCCAGAGUUUGUGGUACUCAUAUGAAUGGGCUCACUUUGGCAAGAAAGAUCCUCCGAGCCGGCUACUUUUGGAUGACUAUGGAACAUGA